AUGCGACGCUCUCCCACACGUAGGGGAAAAGCCGAGGUCUCGUUCCAAGACCUCAGCUGGCUGCACGAGUACGAAGGCAACGCGGAGCUGUCCAAGGCCAUCAACUCCAUGUUCCGAUGGUACUGGGAUUCCGUAGCCUGCGUUGCCUUCCUGUCUGAUAUGGUGCGGGAGGAGAUGGCAUGUUUGCCCAAGGAUGAUGGUUUGUAG